ACAACACAGCUAUGACAUUCACUCACCGGACUUCAAGAAGUGCGUUAGAUCUUUUAAGUUUAGAAUCUAUUAUAGAAACUAACUGCAUAGAAUUUGGAUACAGAGUUUUUGAAAAUUUAUCGAAAAGAAAAAUUAUCCUUUUUAAAUUAAUUUGGCGCUUGGAUGAAGAUUAUAAAGGAGAUUGAAGAAAGAAAAAUGAUUGAGUGAGAGAUAUUGAAUGCCUCAGAUUUAGACUAUGUAUAAAACUAGUGAAAUAAAACCAGUUGAAUGCAAUAGUUAAAUGGGAGAAGGUCAACCAGUUAUAUAAACUAAAUUGCAUUCCUACUCCAUAUAUUGUUAAAACAUUAAAACUAAUUACACAGAAAUGGAUAACCUCGGUAGAGAAAUAUAUCUAAAUCCCUCAAUAUUUAAUUUCUACGCGUCGUUGUUACUGUCCAUUGCUUCUACUGAAUUAAUAAAUUCCGACACUUGAAAGCAGAAUAAAUCCUGAUGAAGGCUUAAAACUAUCUUGAGAUGUCAACUGAAGCCAUGAUGAAUAAUUCUGAAGAUCAUUGGGGAGGACUUCAUGUGUUUAAUUCUGAUACUUCAGAAAGCCAAUCUCUGGAAGAAGAAAGUAAAAGAGGAUUGGAAUAUCACGUUGGAACCCGAAAAAGCCUUUUAAGCGCCAUGAUAUUAUUUUCACUUUUUGGGAAUUUCUUAGUCUUCUGUUCCUUCUAUCCCUAUCGUAAAAAAGGAAUACCUAAAGCUAAGGUACUGUUUUUGUACCUUGCGAUUGCGGAUUGUUUCGUAGCUUUCUUCACAUUGGGUGCUCAGCUAUUGUGGGAACAGGACAAAAGAAAGUAUUUUAUAGAUACUGUCAGUUGCAAGUGCAUGAAAUUCAUGCAAACGUAUUCACUAGCGUUGUCCGGAUACAUGCUAGUUACCAUAGCACUAGAUCGUUACAAUGCAAUUAUUAAUGCUCUCACCAGAAAAAACGACAUGAAAUGGUGGAUCAUAUUCCCAUGGGUCAUCUCUAUUGUGCCAGCAGUUCCAUGUCCCUUUCUUUUCCAUACUCCUGAUGGAAUGUGUGUAUCCCUGUUUUAUUCAGAGAAAAACAACAUUGCCGCAGAAACUUUGCAAUUUUGGAGACGUGUCUACAUUACAGUUGUAGUCGUCAUCGUGUUUGGAUUUCCGACUGUAUUGCUACUUUUUGGAUACAUCGGUAUUUAUUAUAAAAUAAGUAAGCAGUCGGAAGUGUUUUCAGCUUCAGAACAAAGCUCGUCGUCUUUACCAAGAGCUAAAAAGAAAACUUUCACGUUGGCGAUGGUAGUGACAUCUGUGUUUCUUUUUACAAGUAUACCUUAUAUUGCUCAAGAGUUUUACCUCGCUUUUGGAGAUCCAGCUACAAUAAAUGCCAAUGCAUACCUUAUUGCUACAAGUGGAGUAAUAUCGGCUUUUAACAGUGUUUUAAACCCAUACAUAUACCUACUCUUCCAGUAUACUAAUUGUUGUAUCGGCAAGCCUGUGAGAUCGAUUGCUAGUCUAAUACGUUCCAGAAAUUGGGGCUUUCGUAAGCCUUUGUCUGCUUAUCGAAAAAAUACGUCGGUUUUGUCAGUGUCGUCAAAAACAUCUAGAAUUGAAGUGAAUAAUGACUUGAUAUCAAGGAAAAUUGAAACUGCUUUGAUUUGUAAUGAUAUACAAAAAGAUAAUGAAACUUGUGUGUGAAGGAACUCAUUCACAUGAAUAAGAACACUAACUGAAAUAGAUAUUUGGAUUUAUAGUAAAUUAUGUAAAUAAGAGUAGAAUUCUGCGACAAGGGUUUUAUAAUUAUUAUUAUUUAACAAAUUUUAAGACGAAUUAUUUUAAAUCAAAUUUUUUGCUGCAUUUAUAAAAAUAUUUGAUCUUGUCUAAUUCGGUUGUGGGGAUUUCAAAUCUGAGAUUAGUUUUUCUCCUGAAUCUGCAGAUGUUUUUUAAAAUUAACAAUUUUAGUAUACUUUUUAUGGAAAUGAACAGGUUUAGAAACGUAAUAUAUAUAAAGGGGGCAACGUAACUGUCUUGGCAAACAUCUAGGAGAUUUAGAGCACAUCCGGAUAAAAAUUGCGUAGGAACUCAUGCCCGAAGAUGUCGUCGUACACGACUAUUGGCACUUUCCUAUUAUAGCUUGUUUACAAGAACACGAAGAAAAAUCAUUAAUAGGGAAGUGCUCCAAGCGGCGUAUGGUUACACUUCCUUGCAUGGGUUCCUGUGCAAUUUUAAUCCUGAUGAUGUGCUCUAACUCCUAUAGAAGUUUGUCGCAUCAUUUACGUGACUCUUUUUUAUAUAUAACGUUUACAAAUUUGUGCAUUACGAUAAUAAAUAAACUAAAAAUGCAAUUAAAAAUUUUUUUAGCUUGGAGAGAAAAGAAGAUUGCAAAUUUGAAACCAGUGAUACGAAAGUAUCUAAUAUUUUUCUCCCUGUGUAAUUAAUCAAGAUGUUUUAAAUGCUUCUCAAAUACUAUUGCUAAUCUUUUGUUUAUUAAUUAUAUCAACCUAACAUCCAAGUUAUUCGUACAAAGGUGUUGUAGGGAGAUUUUCCUUUUUUUCCUUAAGAGUUACCGAUUUGAAAUGCAUUGAAUACCUGAAACAUCUAUUCCUUACAUGCUGAAAUUAAAUGUUUUUGUUACCGUCUAAAAAUAUUUUAAAACAUGCAUAACAGACUGAAGUUUGCACUCGCACAUUUUUAUAUGAGUAUAUUUAUUUCUUAAAUAACAAUUUUAUAAUUAAUAUUUUAGUAACAAAACUAUUGCUUUACAUACUCUCUGUGAAACAAACUUUUAAGCAUUACCAAUAACUUUUAAGACAGCCCGCUGACAUAUUUUUUAAAUGGUUUUGCCACACGGCGUAUUUUUAUCGUCAAAUUUGGAGACUUUUUCAAAUUCAAGAUAAAAUCGACUUGCUAAUUAUCACUUAAUUUGAAUUUUACAUUUUUACUACAUACUUGUCAAAUAUUAAUCAGCAUUCACUACUUACAUUUAUUCAGGCUCAUUGCAAGCUGAAUUUCACAUUAAUUUUUCGUGAUAAGUGUAAAAUACGUUCUUAAGAAAUUUGAGAGUCUAAGCUACA